UAAACAUCUUGAUGCAUUCUGGGUAAUAAUAGCAGAGGCAGAGGGUACCAUUACCCGGCAGAAUCAAUCUUUACUGGAUAUAUGCAUCGUAACCAUAAACAUCAGGAUCGAUCAGUAUUGUGCUGCUUGUAUCUGUCUUAUUCCUGAGUCAUGUGGUUGAAUCGUCAAGGUCCCUGAGGUGUGACCCUGUGGUUCUGGUGUGACUGGCACAGGGACGAUGGAGCCCGAUGUCAUCCGCAUGUACUCUUCUUCUCCUCCUCCGAUGGAGGAUGGUGCAGAGGAGGAUGAUGAUGAGUUCGGUGACUUCUCUGGAGUACCCAACAGCAUCAGCCUCACUGAGUUUAACAUAGCAACGACAUUCAGCCAGUCACAGAACCCCACUGCUACCUCUCCCCCAGAGCUCCUCAACAACGGUGGACUCUCGGAGCAUGGGGGAUCUGCAAAGGCUAAUGGUGUAGUCAUGGGGCAAGGAGAUGGGGAGGCCCCGGGGCACAGAGUUAGCACAGAGGAGCUUAAACAGUUAGCAGAGCAUUCACAAACCGCUACCCACACAGACUCCAUGUUAAUCAGUGGGAGAGACUGGACUGAGGUGGACAGUGUGGACUGUAAUGGCAGUCCGGAGGACACAAGUCGACUCACAAAUGGUUUUGCAGCUUGUGAUGAACAGGGAACCCCUCCCCUCGACACUCAUGCACCUGUAAAAUCCAGAGGCCCAGACGCUGCUACUGAGUGCUGCCGGACUUCGAGUGGCAUCGAAAAUGUGGAUGACUUUGCAGAUUUUGCAACAUUCUCCAACACUAACAGUCACGGUCAGAGCAAUGACCUCUCGAACCAGAACACUAACUGGGGAAACCCAUUUGUUGCUGAAUGGAAAGCGGAAAACACCCCCCAUCCAAGCUCUGAUGGAGAGUGCUCCAUCCAGUCAGGCAUGGAAGAGAAUGCGCUUAGGGACCCUUGUGCUGCUGGGAUUGACGGGCAGUCGCUCUCCACUGGUACCUCGAGGGGAGUGAAAAAUGGAGAUGGAGGCAGUGUCCACUCGUGGCCUGAUGCUGACACUGAAAGGGACACGGAAACUGACACCUCACGUACUGCAUACACAGAGCAGACAGAGAUCACUCUUAAUGGCGAGGUGCAAGAUGGCUCAGAAGAUGAAGGUGCCAAGGUUCACAGCCCAGGCUCGUCUAGCAUCCAGUGCACAGAUGAGCAGUCAGAAGAGAAGCAAGAUAGCUCGGGGAAUGACAGUGAGCCAGAGACAGAAACAGAGACGUCGUUUGGCCGGCCGCUAUCCACUGAUGCCCUGGAGGAGUUUGGUGAUUUUAGCACUACAGGCUCUGUUCCCUCGCCCCCGCUACAAGAGGAGACGGCCACGCCAGCUGACCACAGUCAGAUGGCUGAGGAUGGAGACGAGGAAGAGUUUGGUGAUUUUGGAGACUUCUCAUCAACGCCGGGAGGCUUUGGUUGUGGACAGGAAUUCACCAGCUUCACCCACCCACAGAGACUACAGGUGCCAGGUGUGGUUACAGCAGAUGCACACGCCGAUAUUAGGGAAGACUCGAAAUUGCAGACAGAGGAGUUGAGCUCCGUUUCCUCCAGAGACCCAACAGAGUCUGAAUAUAAGGCAGACAAUGAACAGCAGCCAGAAGAGGAUCCUGGGAAUAUACCGGUCAGUGACAGUUUCGCAGACUUCCACUCGGCUCCAGUGGGAGGCGAUGAGAGUGGGGGGACAGACGACUGGACGGCCUUUGAGGAGCAGCAGGAAGAGAAGGACGCGGGUCCUGAAGAAGAAUCGUGGGCGACCUUCGGGCCACAGCAGUCAACAGCACUUUCGGAGGAUGCUUCAGAGGAAGACUGGCAAGAGAGCCAGCAGCCACUCACAGUGCCUCCCAGCUGCAGCAGCGACAGCAGCAGGACCGAUGGUGCAACAGCUGCACUGUUGAGUCGGUUGGAGAAGCUCUUCCAGAGCAGUUUUCCUGAGGCACCCAUGGCACCUGUAGAAGAGGAAGUAUUUCACCUCCAGAGCUUCCUCAAGCCAGCAGAUCAAUCACAAGCAGAGGGGUUGGAGGGUGCAGCAAGGAACAAGGGAGUUCGGGACGUGUGGAGGCAGUUGCAGGACAUUCACAAUGCCUUUGGCCUCCAGCACCAGUGGGGUGGUUCCCAUAGCAACAAGAUGUUGUUGUGCUCUCUGGGAAUUGACACAAGGAACAUAUUGUUCACUGGUCAGAAGAAGCAGCCAGUCAUUGUUCCCAUGUAUGCUGCCAGCCUGGGAAUGCUGGAGCCUACCAAAGAACCAGUGAAGCCCGUCUCCGCUGCCGAGAUGAUCGCCUCUAUAGCACAGAUGCCAGCAGUGGCCACUGAAAUAAGCACCACGACUACAGACCCAGGCCAGGAGGUGCUCCCCCCUGUCCAGUUUGAUUGGAGCAGCAGCGGCCUUACGAACCCUCUGGAUGCGAGUGGUGGCUCCUCUCUUCUUAACCUGGACUUCUUUGGGCCAGUGGAGGAGCUUGUCCCCGGCAGUGGCACGUCCAUCCCAGGUGUGGAUCCUGAGCUGUAUGAGCUCACUACAGCUAAGCUGGAGCAGAGUGGCACAGGCAGCCGGGUAGCCGACGCCUUCGCUCGCCUUAUGUCCACUGUGGAGAAAACCAGCACGUCCACCAGAAAGCCCCGCAAGGAGGAGAACCUUAGUGCAGAGGCUCUGAAGGUUAUCACCAGCCUGCCCGAUCUGUCCUUCAUGCAGGCCAAAGUGCUGAUGUUCCCCACCUCCCUCACGCCUCUGGCCUCAGCCUCCUCCCACAUAGCUGACUGACGGCCGUCUGGCCUGCCUGAUCCACUACUGUCCUCUGCUGUGCUUCAUCCUGGGCCUAAGGGGCCUGCUCUCCAGCCAUCUGAGGGUCACCUCCACUGUCUUGGUUCUCAUAUCAUUUUUUACCUUCAGCGUUUAUUUCCUUUUUUUAUGGGUUUUAAUUAUUUUUUAGUAAUAUUUAAUAAUAGCCAGUUAUGUGGAGGAGUUGGUGGGUUCGACCAGGGAAUAUUAUUGUGGUUGCAGAACAAGAACUGGAAAUGAUGCUGUUUGAAUGAAGAGAAUGCGUACACAUUGGUUUGUAGAUCAUGUUCUUAAAGAAGUUUGAUUACAAGAAUUUGUUAGAAGAAUCAGUCUGUAUAUAAUCAGGGAUGAUUUUUGCUCUUUAUUCAUUUGAGGAUUACUUAAAUCAACAGUGUGGGUGAGCUGUAUAAUAUGUGUGUCUUAAAUGAGGAAACAAUGGUUUAAAAUCCUUUAGGUGAGGUGCAAAUUAAGUGAUAUGAAGAUAACUUAUAACUUGAAUACCACACUGCCUGCAAGAUCCAGCUGUCAUCUUUGUGCUCUUGCUGAGUUUAAUCUGUUUGGUUCUGAGGGUGCACCCACGUUUUGUUCACACUUGAUUUUCCAGCAUACACAGUAUGCACCAUUACUAUGAUAAUAGUUUUUCAACUUUGUGUUGGCCUGUACUUUCAUCACGUCUCCCUUGAGGAAAACACAUCUAAAAUCACAACCACAAGGUACAGGUGGCAGCAUUCUGUAGCUGUGUGUGUAUAAUGUGUGUACGUAUGACGCGUGUGUACGUGUGUGUGUGUGCGUAUGUGAGUGUGUGUGUGUGAGUUCAUGCACCUUUUUGUUAUUUUUUAUAUAUAUUUGUAGUUUAAGUCAAAACCACUGGCAAAUAUUUAUUUUGAAGGAACAGAAAAGCAAGAGUGAAGGGUCAGCUCACUAGGGAACAAGGGACCAAUUUCUGCUUCUUUUUCUGUGUGUGUACCCUGUGGUUUAAAAGUGCUUUCUUUUCUCAUCUGCUGUCAUUAUUCUGGAUCUCUAAUUUGCAUUUUCUUUCUUCUUCAUUUUUGUCAGUACCACUGCUAACCUGUCUCCUGGAGGAUUUUGCACAUUGUAAUGAUAAAGUGGAUGUACCGUCAUAGUUCUCUGUGGCUGCUGACAACAGAUGAAACUAUGGCCUGUAAAAUGUAUGGGGGAGUUCCUAUGGAAAACGAGUCACUUGAAGAGCCUGUACAGACGUACGUGCAUGCCAGGGUUCUUUUCAGAUUAUACGUGUGUAAAUUUACUUUUAGUGUACACAACAAAUAAAACAUGUAAUUUAAGAGUAAAA